AAUACAACAGGGCGCGCGCACAGACUCCCCUCCCUUCGCCGUGCCCGUGGCGGUUAGUGCGCAGGCUGCUGCGUUGUCAGCGCGAGCGGAGGGAAGCGCCGGGGUCUUCCUCCAAGCGCCGCGGAUCAUGGCGGCUCCCUUAGCGCAGUUUGAUGAGGACUGGCAGGAUUUCUACGAAUUCAAGGCGCCGCCGGCUAGCUAUCAGUUGGACCAGGUGAAUUCCAACGGCGUCCCCGGUACCAGCACCGGCGGUGGCUGCGGGACGCUGGAGCACAGCCUGGAGGAUUUCUCCGAGCUGGACAACUUCUCGGGCGAGAUCGUGAGCUUCAAAUCGAUGGAGGACCUGGUCAACGACUUCGAUGAGAAGCUGACGGUGUGUUUUCGGAACUACAACACCAAUACGGAGAACAUAGCUCCGGUCAAGCCUAUCACCGAGGAAAGCAUCAUGAGGGACGACGAGUGACUGACCUGUAGCAGUGAA